UCAGCAAAAGGCGCCAAGCAGUGCGGCAAUCGAAGAAGCCCAAUGUAAUGAGCGCGUCCGACUUGCACAUCAUGCGUCCGACGGAGCGCGUUGACAGGUGGAAAAAGUUUUGGCAAAGUUGCUAGCCAAAGUUCUAACCAUCACCGUAGUUGCGGCUAAGCCCUCCUAACGGACGGCGUGUUGUUUGGUACGCUCGUUGUGCGACGAGAUCCAAUGGGACGCCCUCACUCCGUGGACAUGCUGGGCGCUGUGUGCCAAGUGCUCUGCGGUUGAGUUCAAGACGGCGUAGCGUCUUUUCGGGCAAUGGCAUCUACCGCGGUCGAGGAGGCUGCAGCGCCUGGCUCUUCCAAAGCCCGCGGCUGCACCGACCUGCCUUGGCUAUUCGCCCUCGCCGCCGUCCUGGGAGCCGCUGUGUUUGUGGCGUCGUUCGCCCUGGCGCUCGGCGACCCCCGCCGUCUCGUGAACGGCUGUGACAGUUUCGGCAACGUGUGUGGCGCGCGCAACGCUCCCAUGGGACGCUUGGCCUUUUCCGGCAUGGACGCGACCGACAGGCCGUACCUCUUCUACCUGGAUCUCGCCGACCCGCGCAGCUCGCUCAAGAUAUGCGUCAGCCGCUGUCCGUUCCGCGCGCUCCGCACCAUGGACGAGGUGCGUCGUUUUGGUGAAGAGACGGGCUCGUCUCUGUGCCGUUAUGAUGUGGCAGCCAACAACCACUCUGCGUUGUCCAAUGCAACAGUGCUGGACCUCUUCAACAAGGAGCAGCAGAGCACGGGGCUCGGCCCCUGUCCGAGACUUCCGGUACCAUCGAGCAAGCCUAUGCGUAACCGCUGUGUUCCGUACGGCGCCAGUUUGGAUAUCUUCCACAGUAUCUAUGGAUAUCUCAACAGUGCCGACAACCUUCAGCAGAUUGUCAGCGAUUUGUUUGCUGCAUGGCGCGAGGUAUGCUCUAUGCUGUCCUUUGCCUGUGUCCUAUCGUUUGCAGCGGUCUUUGUACUUCAACGAUUUACAGAAUUGGCUGCGAAAGUCAUCCUUAUUUUGUCUGUGCUAUCCGUGAUUGCCGCAGCAGCUGUGCUCUGGUGGACUUACGUUGACAUCAAGUUCCAUCUGGACAUGACGCCAUUUGAACGCCUUCUCGAAGAAGCUGCUAAAAAUGAGCGCGCAUUCCUCAUUUUUGCCGUUGGAGUGACGCUGUUGGCCACAGGAUUGCUGGCUGUUGCAGUAACAAUGCACAAGCGUGCUCGGCUGGCAGGAGCGUUGUUCCACGAAGCUGGAGACUGUAUUCGUCACAUGCCCUUUCUUUUAGCACAGCCUGUGUGGACUCUGUCUUCUCUGGUGGCUCUCUUUGCAACGUGGACGGUUGUCUUCCUCCACCUGGCCACUGCAGACCAUGCGAGCCGUGAAAAUCGUCCCAUUGCAGCUUUUGCUGGUGGCCCUAUCGAUGCAUCGAAUCUGACUCGUGUUGCCGAGCUGCGACACUUCACUGUGGUUGCCUAUGACCAGCCCUCGUGGGUUCGCUUUGCCUGGUGGUUCCAGCUGUUGUUCCUCCUCUGGGCGGCCGAGUUUAUGCUCGCCUGUCAGCAAACCGUCAUUGCCGGGGCUGUUGCGUCCUGGUACUUCUGCAAGGACCGCAGAGCACUAGUGUGGCCCCUGGGGCGUUCUGCGGCUCGCUUGGUCCUCUACCACCUUGGAUCCAUUGCCCUGGGCUCACUCCUUAUACCAGUGUGCAGGAUACCGAGACUUGCACUGCUGGCCUUUCAGCACUGGACUCGCGGGCGACGAGGCCGCUGCAGUGGGACUGAGCUGCGGUGCUUCAACCGUUUCAGCCACAAUGUGUACACCGUGGUUGCCAUUCGUGGAACAUCUUUCUGCUCGGCUGGUCACACAGCCUGCUCCGUGCUUUCUGAGAGCUCUCUCGGUCCCUUGGUUCUCAAUGGCUCGGGUGACUUCUUGCUGUUCCUUGCCAAGUGCCUGAUAACAUCUGUCGUCGGGCUGCUGGCCGUGGUGCUUCUUCGCGACAACCCCGAGCUUCAGCUGUGUGCUGUGCCUGUGCUAGCCGUGGCAGUGUUCUCGUGCUUUGUGGCUCACUGUGUGCUGUCCCUCUACGGAAUGGUCAUGGACACACUUCUGCUGUGCUUCUGCGAGGAUGUGCUCUCCUGGGAACUCGAUCAUCGAGAGUUGUAUGCUCCCGACAGUCUUCACAGACUGCUGCUGGGCGACACUGCAUUGCUGCGUCCUCUCCCUGCACAAAUGUCGUGUUAGAUGAUCAUUCUAACUUAAUGCAGAGAACGCACUGGUCUAAACUUGAUGGCAUUU